AAAAAACGAGUCAAGCGUGAUGGUAACCUUCAACAAUUGGCUGAAAUUGUUAAAGAGCUUGGUGAUAUAUAUUUUGAAAAUAGCAAGUAUGAAGAAGCUUUGCAAGAAUAUACACAACAAUUAGAAAUAUGUAAUGUAUUAGGAGAUAAAUUAAAUAUAGCAAUAGCUCAUAGAAUGAUUGGAGAGAUUCAUGUGAAUAUUGGUACAUAUGAAGAAGCAUUAAAACAUCAAAAUCUUUAUUUGGAAGGAGCCAAAGAUAUAAAAAAUUUAUUAGAAGAACAAAGAGCUUAUGCAACAUUAGGUAGAACAUAUUUUUGUUGGGCUGAAAGUUUGCCUGAAAAAUCUGAAAAAAAAGCUGAUGUUCUCAUAAAUGCAAGAAAAGUAUACAUGAAGAGCAUACGUCUUUGCAAUGAAUUGGGAGAUACUGAUAUUGAAUUGAAGGAAUUAAUUACAAUGAGGGCACGAUUGUUGUUAAAUUUGGGUUUGGUGUUACAAGCUGAAAAAAAUCAUCAAGAAGCUGUGGAUUUAAUGGAAAAAGCUGCAGCAUUAUGUGAAGCACAUAAUUUGCGAGAAGAUUUCCAUAGAACGCAAAUUGCUCUUGCAGGAAUUCACGAACGAAAUCAUGAUUAUGAAUUGGCAUUAAAACAUUUUGAAAAUGCAACUGAAAUUGAUAAUUCAACUUUAAAAGCAGAAGCACGAUUUUUUCAAGCAGAAUUACUUUUAAAAAUAGAAAAAUUGUCAGAAGCACGAAAAAUAUUGGUGUCUCUUUAUGUUAUGGAUAAUUUAUCGCAAGAUUUUAAGAAUCAAAUAGAAAAAUGUCUUAGAAUAGUUGUAACAUUACAAGCAAGUGAAGAAGCUUUAUGCACAGAAGAAAAUACAAGUAAUAAGUUGAAAUUAUAUGAAACACUAGGAGAUGCAGCAGUAGCUAUUCAGUGUUUUGAAAAAGCCAUAAAAUAUUAUAGAAAAAUGCUCGUGUGCGCAGAAGAGAUUAAAAGUGAUCGUAGAGGAGCAGCCUUAUUAAGUUUAGCACAAACUCUAAAAGAUGUUAGACAAUAUAACGAAGCACUGGAUUUUGCUCAUAGAGAAUUAGAAUUAUGUACAGAUCCACGUGAAAUAUGUAGAUCUGCUUUAUUUUUAGCAGAUCUAUUGAUAGCUGUUAAAGCAAAUGAUGAAAAGGUUCAAGAAGUUUAUAAUUUAGCCUUGAAAAAUGCAAAAGCUUGUAAUAAUGUUUCUUUAGAAGCCAGUGUUUUAAAAGAACAUUUAAAUUAUUUAAACAAUUCUAAUAAAACAGAAGAAAUAGAAAUACUUAAAGUAAAAUUAGAUAUGUUAGAGAAAUUAAGUAAUAAUAUAGAUAGUGAAAGCGAAUCAGAGGAAAAUCAUAUUGGUGAAGAUAUUUGUUUAGAAGAUUUAUCUGAUGUUGAAGCAGAAUUGAGAGUGAAAGAAAAUAUAAAAAAUAGAAAACGGACUAGAAAAAAAUCAAUUGUAAUAAAAAGAAAUGAAAAAGGAGAAACACAACUUCAUGUGGCUUGUAUUAAUGGUAAUAUUGAAAUUGUAAAAAAAUUAUUAGAAUCUGGUCAUUUAACAAAUGUUAGAGAUCAUUUUGGUUGGACUCCUCUUCAUGAAGCUGCUAAUCAUGGUCAUGUAGAAAUUGCUAAAUUAUUAUUGAAAUAUGGUGCAGAUAUAAAUGAUCCUGGAAGUUUAAUGUGUCAGGGUGUUACUCCUCUUCAUGAUGCAGCUUCCUGUGGCAAUUUUACCAUGAUGAAGCUCCUAAUUGAACAUGGAGCAAAUAUAAUUCUUAAAACAAACGAAGAGGAUACUGUAUUAGAUUGUUUAGAACAAUGGAAGGAUCGCGUUGAUUUUUUAUCUCCCGAAGAUCAACGAGAUUAUGAUGAAAUACACAAAAUAUUAUCUGCUAUGAUACCAAUAAGCGUAAAAAAAAUUUCAAAACGCAUUCAUGAAUCUCCAUGUAAUUCAAGAACUCAUACCAUAGAUAAAACUGUAAAUAUAGAAAAAAUUUCUGCAGGUGAAGAUUAUAAAAGAACUAUAGAAAGUUUGAAACGUAGAAUUGAUCCAAUUGGAACAUCUUUGUCAUGUGUGAAAAAAAAUAUGAAUCCUCUUUUGAAUAGUGAAGAAGUCCUUUUAGAUAAUUGGUUAGAAGAUGAUAUGAAUGAAAGUGUUAGUAACAGAAGAUACUCCGAUGAAAGUUUUUCUUCCAUAAUGAAAAGAAAAUCGAGCAAUGAAGACAUCGAUGAUGAAAAAAAUUUAAAACGAUCAAAAAUAAAUGAUCUCAUAGUAAAAGAUAAUGAAUAUAAUAUGGUACAGGAGGAUAGUAAUGAUAAUUAUGAUAUUGAAACAAUAGAAACCUUUAGUGAAAGUAAAAUUCAAAAGAAAAAACAGCAAGUAUCUUUGUUAUCAAUUGGAUUUACUAAAAAUUCUCGUAGUUCUUCACCUGUAAUUCCAACUAACACAGGAUUUGAAUUAGGAGAAAUUGAUACUAUGAAAUCAGUUAUUUUAAAUAUCUCUGUGGAUGGAAAAGUAUUUAAAAUACAAGUAGAAUUUUCAAAUACAAUCAGACCAUUGAUAGAAGAAAUUGUAACUGAUAUUGAAACUAAAUUUUAUAAUGAUAGUGGAUGUAUAGUAAAAUUAGAAUUAAAAACUAUGAAUGGUAUUGUGAUUAAUUGCAAUAAUGUGUUCACAAUAUUAAAUGAAGGAGAUAUUGUUAAAAAUUUGACAAGCGAAAUAAUUCAUUUAGAAACUCCUUCUAUUAUUGAACGCUAUAAAACGAUAUGUAAAAAUUUUAAUAUAGAUAUUCGAGAAUGUAUAUCAAAAUGUUUGAAAUCAUGCGAAAACACGUUCAUUUUACGGUUAAAACAAGAAAAUAUUAAAAAGGAGGAACUUAUAUCUUUAUUAAAAACUUUGGAAUAUCAGAAAAAUGUUCAGAUAUUAGAUUUAUCAGGUGGUGAACUACAUGAAAUCGGAAAAGUUCUGAAUGAUUGUAUUUUAAAAUUGUUAAAUUUGCAAGAAUUAUGCCUUCAAGGAUGUGAUAUAGAUUCUAAAUGUUUAAGUAAAUUAGAAAAAUUACCUUUAAAACUUAAGUUUCUAGACCUUAGUUAUAAUCCACUUGGGCCAUGUAAUCAAGAAAUCUUGUGCAAACUUUUUACUCCUUUGACGCAGCUUCGGACAUUAAAUUUACGAUAUUGUCAAUUGCAUAAUUUUCAAUUUCUUUCAAACAAUUUUAAUUUAGCGAAUUUAGAUAUUUCUUGGAAUAGUAUCAAUAAAGAUAAAUUCUAUAUUACUUUACAAAGACAAUUGCUUAAUUUAAAUUUAUCGAACACUAUUUCUAGCGAAUUCAAUGUAGUAAAAAAUAUUUUUAAUGAAACAAAUAUUUCAUUUAUAAAUUUAGAAUCUUUAGAACUUACUUUUUGCGAGUUAUUAGAUAUUGAUAUUAAAAAUAUAUUAUCGCGUGUAUCAAAUCUUUCGAAAUUAGUGCUUAGAGGGAACAAAAAAAUAGGAAUACAAUCUUUGAAUUUACUUUUAAAACAUACACCAACAUUAAGACAUAUCGAUAUUAGUGGAUGCGAGAAUAUUGUUGAUUUUCCUAAUUCCGAAAUAUUUAUUGAAAGACCUGAAAUUUGUACAUUAAUUGCAAGUAUGUAUCCAAAUAUAUGUGACUGUUGGCUUCAGUUAUGGCGAGGAAAAGGUGUUAUGAAAAAACUGCCGCAUAAUCUUACUAUUUUUAAACCUAUAGUAGGAAUAGAAAAUUGAAUUUUUAUACGCUAUAUAUAUAUAUAUAAUUUUAAUAAAUUAUAAAUUACAGACAAAUUAUUCAUUUUGAAA